AUGCCACCCGCUCGACGCCCGCGCCGGCACUGCCGCCCUGCCUCCACCGGCACUGCCGCCCCAACAACGGCACUGCCGCCGACCCACCAGUGCUGCUCAUCCGCCUUGCCCAUCAGCCACCACCACCAGCUGCUGCCGCCGCCCCUGGCUCUCCCCUGCUCGCUCGCCUUAGACCAUGGCCACGCACCCACGCUCUCGCUCGAGCCGCCCAGCAGCCGCACACCGCGCCGCCGCAUCUGCCGCCGACCACCUACCACCAACUCCCGCCCGCGCCACUGCCAGCGCCGCUCGCCCGCCCUUGCUAACAAUCUCCACGCGCGCCCACCGCUUGGCCUUCCUCCGCCCACGCGCAGCAAGCUGCUGCACCCGCGCCGCAUCAAGCCACCACCCCGCUCUCGCCCGUGUGCCACCAAGUCCAGCACCGCGCGCAUCCGCCGCAUCACCCCGGCCGACAGCGGCCUUGGCCGCCCGCCCGCUGCUCCACCUCACGCUGCUCAACUCCCCUCACGCCCAGCAAGCCCAAGCACCACCAGUUCCUGGCCAAUCCUCGCGCACGACCUCACAAUCCUCGCCAAGAUGACCCCGGCAGUGCCGGCCACCUGA